AUUUUUGGCUUUUAAAAUCCAAAAUCAAAAACUACUAUUAAGAAAGAUAUAUAAUCGAAAAUGACUUUGUUUCAUUUUGGAAAUUGCGUGGCCUUAGCGUAUUUUCCCUAUUUGAUCUUGUAUAAGUGCUCUGGCCUCUCAGAGUACAGUGCAUUUUGGCGAUGUGCACAAGCAGCCGGCAUAUAUUUAGCCACUCAACUUUGCAAGAUGCUUGUGCUGGCUACUUUUUUUCCAGCAUCAGAAACAACUGCAGAUUCCUUUGAUGUUUUUGCGGAAUUCUUGAAAUGUACAGUUGAUGUUGCUGACUUGUUUGGCCUUUACAUCACAAUGUCAAAGAUUCCUGGAAGAGGGGAGCUUAAAUUGUUAGUUGCUGCUCUGGGUUGGGCGACGGCUGAAUUAGUAAUGACAAAAUUGUUGCCACUGUGGGUGGGUGCUCGAGGCAUAGAGUUCGACUGGAAGUAUAUUCAGAUGAGUUUCGACGCUAAUAUAUCAUUGAUCCAUCAUAUAGCUACGGCGACACUCGUUUGGCUGUGGUCAAGAAAAGAUCUUCAGAGGUCGUUUCUACCUGUUUUGGUGGCGUUCAUGGCACUCUGUUCGUUCAAACCCCUUGUUAUAGAAUUUUUAAGCUUUACGUUUGGCAUACAAUCUUGGAACUUGUUGAUCUUAAAAGGCGCUUUCACCGGCUGUGUGGGUAUUGUUGCUUUGCAAAUUUAUCUUGGUUUGACAACUUCAAGAUAACAACUCCCAGUAUCUUUUAUUUGCUUAUCUAACAAAAAAAUUUAUUAAUCAUGGGUACAUAAUUGUGAGCAGUUUACUGAAUUUAAUAAAAAAAACUAUCAGUUA